UAACUUCAGAAAACAAUGUUUUUGUACUAUGUAUGAUUCCCUUUGUUUACCCUUGUUCCGACUCCACAGUAUAGGAGGAUUAGGAAGGAGACGUCUACACCAGACCAGAGAUUCAACACACCCAAUUUUCAUCAUCAUGUCCAUACGUUGUGGUAGCUGUUCAUCCUCAUCUUCUUCUUCUUUUUAUAAACACAAUUUUCUACCUAAUUACAAUUACAGUUACAAACACAAACACAAUAAUUAUAAUUAUAAUAGUUCCAUUUCAAUUCCCAUGGUCAAGUGCACACCUUCUGAUGACAUCCAUGAAUUAUUAAAGAUCCUUCCACAUGAUUUGCGUGACAAGCUUGUAAUGGAGUCUAAAAAAGAUCAACUAUUAGAGGUAAUAUUGGAUCUAGGUCGGUUACCAGUUGCAUGCUUCCUUGGUGAUUCAGGGCGAAAGUAUCUAAGAGAUACCGAGAUCUCAAUGGAUGAGUUAGAAUUUGCUGAGAAUGCAAUUGGAGAAAUUGGAGGGGAUAAUAGAGCCGGGAUCACUGGCACCCUGCACCGCAUAUCUGCAGUCAGGAAUCGAAAGGGUGUAGUAGUUGGGUUAACUUGUCGAGUUGGCAGGGCUGUACGGGGUCACAUUGAUAUGGUCCGGGAUCUGCUUCAGUUUGGAGAGAGUAUCCUCUUUAUUGGAAGACCCGGUGUAGGAAAGACUACUGUUAUGCGAGAGAUAUCUCGAGUUUUAUCAGAUGAGCUACAAAAAAGAGUGGUUGUUGUUGAUACUAGUAAUGAAAUAGGAGGUGGCGGAGAUAUACCACAUCCAGCAAUAGGCAGUGCAAGAAGAAUGCAGGUUUCAAAACCGUCUACGCAACACAAAGUGAUGAUUGAGGCAGUGGAGAAUCACAUGCCUGAAGUGAUCAUUAUUGAUGAAAUCAGCACUCGGGCUGAAGCUAGUGCUUGCCAGUCAAUUGCCGAAAGAGGGGUCAUGCUUAUCGGCAGUGCUCAUGGUGAGCGACUCGAAAAUAUAAUAAAGAAUCCUGUUCUCUCUCAUUUGGCAGGGGGAGUAGAAAGUGUUACUUUAGGAGAUCAAGAAGCCCGGAAGAGAGAUGGCAGGAAAAGUAUCAGCGAGAGAGGUAGUCCUCCUACCUUCCCCUUUAUGAUUGAAAUGAGAGAUAGACAUCAUUGGGUUGUGCAUAAGACGGAAAGAAGUGUGGAUGCGUUGCUUCGCGGAGAAAGGCCUCGGGUGGAGGUUCGAAAGCGAGACAGACAAAUGAAAGUUAUCAUAGAAAAAUGGAAAAUCGAGAAUUAGAGUGACUCAUGAUUUAAAUGGGAACUCCCACAGAUAAUAGUAGUCGGUUCUAAGUCCAUUACACACUGAAACCUAGGACUGGUCAUAUUACCACUGACAUACAAGGGAAUCAUGUCUUGUGAAAUAGAAAUCUCAUAUGGGUUGUUCAAGUCUAAACUCUAAAGAGGAAUCCAAAUUAUAGAUCAAGCAGUGAAGUUGUGUUAUUUUACAUGCAUUGGUAAACUGUAAA